GACAAACUAGCUAAAUUGGCCACACUGAUUGGCCUAAGUCAUAAUUUUAAUUAUUUGUUGCCAUUAAAUUUCACUGCCAAAUUGAAAAUGACUGACCCGAGCAAAUUGUCCGUAGCCGUGGUCUGUUCAUCUAACAUGAAUCGCUCCAUGGAGGCGCACAAUUUUCUCGCCAAAAAGGGUUUCAACGUGCGCUCAUAUGGCACCGGAGAACGGGUGAAACUACCCGGUAUGGCGUUUGACAAGCCAAAUGUUUACGAAUUUGGCACCAGCUAUGAGGAAAUCUAUCGCGAUUUGGAGUCUAAAGAUAAGGAAUUUUAUACACAAAACGGAUUGUUACACAUGCUCGACCGUAACCGGCGCAUCAAAAAGUGCCCGGAACGCUUUCAAGAAACCAAAGAACAAUUUGACAUCAUUAUUACAGUAGAGGAGCGUGUUUAUGACCUGGUUGUUUUGCACAUGGAGUCUAUGAAUUCUGUGGAUAAUCGACCCGUGCAUGUAUUGAACGUGGACGUUGUGGACAAUGCAGAGGAUGCCCUAAUGGGCGCAUUUUUAAUAACUGAUAUGCUCAAUUUGAUGGCGAAAUCAAAUGAUAUUGACAAUGAUAUUGAUGAGAUGAUACAGGAGUUUGAGGAGCGGCGGAAUCGAGUCAUAUUACACUCGGUGCUCUUUUACUGACAGCCGAAGUUUGGCAAUGGUAUAUGUCCAACAAAUCACCUGCGCUCUACUACGGGUAAUUGCCAUCGCAAGCACAACUACUACACCAACAAGAAUAACAAGAGUCGAUGGUGAUUAUCACAUCAAUAGGAACUUGUAGAAUUGUAAAUACAAGCGAAAUUUUGGUGUCGUGAAUGUUAUACGUAUGUUUGACAGAACGAUAUACCAAUAUAUAUACACAUACAAGCACACAAAUCGAAUUUCAAAAAACAAAAUCCAAAAAUAAUAACAUAAAUUUAUACAAUGCAAUUGUAAUAUGUGUUUCCGGCAUGUAAAGAUGCAGUCAUGCAUCAAUAUAUAGAAUUAUAAAUAAUUGCAGCUUUAGACUGUUGUCCUAAACUAAAAUCGUGCUAAGAAAAAAUUAUUAAUGUAAUGUUAUCGUGUCCUCUUCCUAAUUGAUUGUAAAUAUAAUAACAAAAUGAGCUUUGUCGAUACAAAAAAAAAAAAAAAAAAGACUACAAUGGCUCCAUAGCAAUAUUACAUACUACAUAUGUACAUUCAUAUGCCAAAAAAAGACAGCUAAGUACAUACAUGUAUGACUA